AUGCCGGAAAUUAUUGAAAGCUUCCACUGGAAGCUAGAUGACCUGGAGAGCGAAAUCAUCAGAGCAAAGGCAGCUCUGCAGAGGGAUCUGGACAGGAUACAGGAGGCAAGACGACCAAUUCAACAACCGGCCCCGGUCGAUGCGCAGACAAAGUCACCAAUGGCCAUCGACCUCGACUCCUCAUCCAGGGAGCCGUCUCCCGACCAAAAGGUUCAGCUCACACAAGCUUCGGGCCCGCAUAGGGUCCCCGCAGAGCCGAGCGCGGCUCCAUCGAUGGCCCCCUUUCCCGAUAUGGGCGUCAGCUUCCAGCCGCCGGUAGAGCCAGCGCAGGCAAUCAAGCAGGAGCAGGCACCGGCCCCUCCGGCUAUGAUGGCGCCCAUGGGCGACGUGAAGCCCGAGGUAAAGACGGAACCCAUUGCCACACAGCCUCCGCAGUCUGGCGCCCCCGAGGCCCCAAUGGACGAUCUAUUCGGCCUGGGAGGAGACGCGGGCGGCAGCGGCGCGGAAGGAAGCAACUCGGAGUUCCACUUCACCGACAUGACAUUCAGUCUUGCCCCGCCAAAUAACGACUCUCAGGGCCAAACCCAGUCUCAAGACGCCGCCAUGGAUAUGUCAUUCGGUUCUGGCGAGAUGGGCGGCGAUCUCCUGUCCCUCGACAACCUGCUCCCGCCGGACAAUGCCAACAACGUCAAACCCGACACCAAAGCACAAGCAGCGCCGGCAGCAAGUGCGCCGACACCGGCGGUAGCCGGCCAGGAGAAGCCUGCCGAAGGCAAAAUGGAGAAGCAGGACUCAACAAACUUGGACGACCUCUUCAACCUCGAUGGCAACACGAGUCUCGAUGGAAUGGAUCUCGACAUGAAUAUGGGCGGCGACGGUGGAGACGGCAGCACCUUCGAUGAUAUGUACUUUGGCGAUAUGACGGAGAUGGAGCACGGCAAGUUCGACGAUGCCUUCUUUGGGAUACAGUGA